CAACAAUUAGAUGCAUAUAAAGCUUGGGUAAACUCUCAGUUGCGGAAAAGACCAGACAGUACACCUAUAAAUGAUUUGAGAACAGAUCUUCGAGAUGGACAGAUCCUGGCUACACUUAUUGAGAUUGUGGGCAAUGAAAAGCUGUGUAAUAUUUCAACCAAUCCUGAUACCAGAGAAGACAUGAUACAUAAUAUAGAUACAGUUCUACAGUUUGUAGAGAAAAAUAAAAUCAGAGUGCAUGAAAUGACAGCUCAAGAUAUUAUUGAUGGUAAUUUAAAAUGUAUAAUGAGAUUAAUACUGGCUCUAGCAGCCCAUUAUAAACCUUCUAGU